GUUUGUCUCACUCAGGUCCUUCAAAUCACAGAGGGUGAUCUGUCAGAAACCUGAAAACUUGUGUUCGCUACUUACCCACGACCCAUCCCGUCAUUGUGGGCUCUGCCACGCCCGCACUGACCAUGUCUACCUCUCUGGAACGUCGGGGUUCCGCCCAAAAUCUCCCGCCACCACCCAUGUCUCCCAGAAGUCACGGUCGGAAUAAGUCUCUCGGUAACAUAGGCAUGGCUCUUGGAGUAGGGGUUUCCAGUGCUCCCAUGACCCCUCACGGUAGCGGAUCACCAGUGCUCGGGGCAGAGAUAGAAUGGGCGGACAUCCAGGCAAGGACAUUUUGCAGAUGGCUCAACACUAAGCUGGAGAGUCAAGGUUUAGCACCGAUGACCGACUUGGUACGAGAUUUCUCAAAUGGGGUCAAGCUUAUAGAGCUUUUGGAGAUCAUGUCAGAAACGAGCUUGGGCAGAUACAAUAAGAAACCCACCAUGAGAGUGCAGAAAGCCGAGAAUGCAUCGAAGGCAUUGCAGUUCAUUCGAGACCGUGGAGUGAAGUUGACCAAUAUCGGCCCAGAAGACAUAGUCGACGGUAACCUCAAGCUGAUUCUGGGCAUGAUAUGGACUUUGAUCCUUCGGUUCACCAUUGCAGGUAUCACAGAGGAAGGCCUGUCUGCUCGAGAUGGUCUGUUACUGUGGUGUCAACGCAAAACACAGCCUUAUCCCGAAGUCAACGUCCAGGACUUCAAGAAGAGCUGGUCAGAUGGUUUGGCUCUGUGUGCUCUGAUACACCGCCAUAGACCUGAGCUCCUCAACUGGGAUCGCUUGGACAAGGAUGAUCGCAGGACCAAUACGGAACUCGCUUUCAAAGUUGCGGAGCAAUCACUGGGCAUACCUCGAUUGCUGGAGGUGAAAGACCUCUGCGAUGUGGAAGUCCCUGACGAACGAUCAGUGAUGACUUACGUUGCCGAGUUCUUUCAUAAAUUCUCCUCCGAAGAUAAAGCUGAGACGGGAGCGAGACGAGUUGAGAAAUUUGCAGAGCUCAUGCAGGGUAUCUGGACGAACAAGAAUGACUUUGAGCGUCGGAUGGCACUGCUCUUAGAAUCCUUGCAGUCGACCGAAGAAUCAUGGAGGAGAGCUCAGCAGCCGAGCACAUAUCCCGAGGCAAUUGCCCACCUCGCUGCUUUUGCCGAUUACAAGAAAACCAGCAAACGGUCCUACGUCAAGGAAAGACAAGAAUUGGCAGCACUCUAUAGCAAUAUACAAACGAAAUUACGAACGUACGCUCUCAAAUCCUGGGAGCCACAACCAGGACUGUGUCUCGAAGAUCUUGAUAAGAACUGGGCAGUGUUUCUGGAGGCGGAGAAGCUACGAAGUCGGGCAAUCAAUGCCAGGAUACGAGACAUCAAAGAAGCCUUACGAAAGCAGUUCGCUCGGGCCGCGGAGAGUUUCAUCGCUCGAAUUCAGCGAAUAGAGCAGGCCAUAGGAUUGCUGUCUGGUUUACUCCCUGAUCAAAAGCAGAUCCUCCAACAUUUGUCCUCCGAGUUGCCGUCCCUUCAGGCUACACUCUCCUCUGAUAUCCUGACGAUCAACCAAGCCUGCUUGGAAGCCAAAGUGGAAGAGAACGAUCACACCGUCUACAGCUUUGAAGAUCUCCUCUACGAGCUCGAGCUUGCCGAAGCGAGUAUACGGAAAAAGCUGGCAUUUGUGGACAAUCAGAUGGUCUCAGCCACACAUACGAACAUCACACCCGCCAAGCUUGAGGAAUUUGAAGCCACUUUCAAACACUUUGACAAGGACGACACAAAUACUUUGACUCUGUGGGAGAUGCACUCUGCUUUGGCUAGCCUGGGUAUUGUGUAUGCAGACGAAGAAAUUGAAGUUAUAUAUGCGCAGCUUGAGACCGACUUUGGUGCCGUGACCUACCAAGCGUGGCUUGCAUUAUUGACGGACAUCACACAAGAUGAUUCCUCCUCCGCGGAUCAGUUGAGAGACGCUUUCCGAGGUAUCGCCGGGGACAAGCCGUAUAUAACAGAUCUCGACUUCAAGCUUGCCUCUCUUCCGACAGAAACAAUCAAAUUCCUCUGUGAAACGAUCCCCGAAACACAGCCUCCUGCUGAUGGACCUGCGGACGCGUCUGCUAGUAAACGUUAUGACUUCUAUACAUACCUUGAGACGACCUUUGCACGAUGAUGAUCCGACGAUCUGGUUGGUUUAGAUUAAUGAUAUGAUCAGGCCACGAUGCAUAAUCCCAGUCCCCU